AUGGAUUUUCCAAAGAAGGAUGCUACGCAACUCGCCCAAACCUGUGCGUCAAGUUCGGACAUUGAGAAUGGAGCCAUGGGCACGAAUUAUGAAGUGAAACGCGACCUUGGGCGUCGCCAUAUCAACAUGAUUGCGAUAGCUGGCAUGAUCGGUACCGGAUUGUUCCUGGCAUCGGGCCAAGCAAUCGCUACCGCAGGACCAGUCGGUGCUCUAUUAGGAUACCUAUGCAUGGGUUUGAUCGCUUGCGGUGUUGCCCUCUCCGCUGGAGAGAUGUCGGCUUUUAUGCCCGUCACGGGAGGCUUCGUUCGCCAUGCCACCAGAUUUGUGCAGCCAGCACUCGGCAUUGCCACUGGAUGGAACUUCUGGUAUACCAUGGCAAUUACAGCGCCAGCCGAACUCGCUGCCGCUGCAACUUUGAUCAACUUCUGGGACAACAGCAUCAACCCUGCCAUUUGGUACUCGGUUUUUAUCGUCAUCAUCGUGACCAUCAACUUCUGUGGUGUGAAGGUCUAUGGCGAGAGCGAGGUCUUCUUUGCAGCUCUCAAAAUUCUGCUCAUCAUCGGUCUCAUCAUCGCUGGCCUUGUAGUAGAUUUGGGAGGGUCUCCUAGUGGAGACCGAAUCGGCUUUCGAUACUGGAAGAAUCCCGGACCUUUCAACGAAUAUAUCGUGCCGGGUAAUACUGGCAAGUUUCUUGGGUUCUGGAGCUCCUUGAUCUCAGCGGCCUACAGCUACGCCAACAUCCAGGUGGUUGCCAUAGCUGGCGCUGAGACGAAGAACCCAAGAGUCAUCAUCCCGAAUGCGAUACGCAUGACUUUCUGGCGCGUGCUCAUCUUCUACGUCAUCAGUAUCCUCAUUGUUGGCAUGCUUGUGCCUUUUAACGACCCGAAUCUCGGCAUCGCUACGGGCGACGCUCAGCAGAGUCCUUUCGUCAUUGCAUUCCAGCGCGCUGGUAUCAACGUCCUUCCCUCGAUAAUCAACGCCAUAGUAUGCACUUCGGCCUUCAGCUGUGGCUCUGCAUGCGUUUUCCUUGCAUCACGUACCCUGUAUGGACUAGCAGAGGACGGACAAGCUCCGAAGGUUUUGCUUCGCACCAACAGGUUUGGAACACCAUACUUGGCGAUUGGAGCUUCGCUCAUCUUCAUGCCUCUUGUGUAUCUCAGUCUGGGGAGCAACUCUUCGAUAGUGUUUGGAUGGUUCGUCAACAUCACAACCAUUGCUGGACUUAUCGGGUGGCUUGUCAUCGAAGGUACUUACCUGAGGUUCUACUACGCCUUGAAAGCUCAAAGUAUCAGCCGAGACCGUCUGGCGUACAAGAGCCCCAUGCAGCCAUAUCUCGCCUGGGUCACCGGAGGUGCGCUCGUCCUUGUCAUCUUGUUCUCGGGCUACAGCGUCUUCUUUCCGGGCCGAUGGAGCGUGGGCACAUUCCUCACGUAUUACAUUGAUAUUGCUAUCUUCAUCUUCCUGUGGGUUGCUGGAUUCUGCUACGCGAGGUCCGGAAUCAUCGCUCUACAAGACGUUGAUCUCUCUGAGAUUGCUGAUGUUGAUCACGAGAAGGCGCAGAUAUUAAACUCAGCGGAACAAAAUCUGUCGUGGUGGAGGAAAUGGAUUGUCUAG